AUGAAGCUGUCUACGACCAUCGCGACUGGCGCUGCCCUUGUGGCCGGUGUUUCUGCUGGACAGAACAACUACCUCGGCUUCAACUCGGGCAACACCCUCCCCGACGAGUCCGCCAAGUUCGAGAAGGACUUCCUUGCCGAGUUCUCCACGGCCCAGAAGCUCGUCGGCGCCCCCGGCACCUUCAACGCCGUCCGUCUCUACACCAACAUCCAGGCCUACUCCAAGGACACUCCUAUCGAGGCCUUCUCCGCCGCCAUCAAGACCAAGACGUACAUUCUCCUCGGUGUCUGGGCCUCGGGCACUGAUAACAUCGACAAUGAGCUGGCUGCCCUGAGCGCCGCUGUCAAGCAGUACGGCAAGGACCUGACGGACCUGAUCAUUGGUGUCUCCAUCGGCAGCGAGGAUCUGUACCGUGACUCGCAGACUGGUCGAACCAACAAGGCCGGUGUCGGCAACGGCCCCAAGGAGGUCCUCGGCUUCAUCAACGACUACAAGAAGACCUUUGCCAACACUGCUCUGGCCAAUGUCCCCAUCGGCCACGUCGACACCUGGGAUGCCUGGGUCAACGGCACCAACAAGCCCGUCCUCGACGCCGUCGACUGGAUCGGUGUUGACGAGUACCCCUUCUACGAGACAGGCAAGGGCAACGACAUUAGCAACGCCGGCAAGCUCUUCGACACGGCUUUCGAGACCACGCUGGGCGCUGCCAAUGGCAAGCCCGUCUGGGUGACGGAGACCGGCUGGCCCCUGACCGGCCCCGACUGGGACGAGGCCAAGCCCAGCGUCAAGAACGCCCAGAAGUACUGGCAGGACAUUGGCUGCAAGAGGCUCUUCAACAAGUACCCCACCUUCUGGUACAACCUGCGUGACUCCAACCCGGCCAACCAGGUCAAGUUCGGCAUCAGCCAGAGCCUCUCUUCCACCCCUUCGUUCGACCUGACCUGCCCCAAGGAGGAGACCACCACCUCCGCGGCCAAGCCCACCGCCACC